GUUGCAGCCCGGAUACAGCAGCAGCAGCUUUGAGGAGCAUCACUGACCGAGGCGCUCUGUUUCAGCUAAAGCUCGGAGAGCAGAGCUAGAGAGGUUCGUAAAGAAAGAGAGGGAGAGAAAGAGGCGGUAUCCUUCGCUCAUGUGCCUAAUCGGCUUCCUCUCAGCCCCUCCUGCUGCAAUGCUGAGCUGUGGGCAGGCCCUGGCCCUCCCUAAGUCCGGAUAAAUUACCAGCAGUGGCCGAAGAGGAAAAAAAUCAGUGCUGCUCUCAGUCUCGACGCGUUUAUGAAGAGAUUUCCUCCACAGAGAAAGACGAGGACGAAGAGCGCUCAGAGAUGUUGGGCAGUGAAAAGAAGAGCAAACCUGCAGAGAAGAAGAAGAACGGAGCUGGGAUGUCCCAACCUAAAACAGACGACCCCCUGAUUAAUUUAGGUGUGAAGGAUGAUGAGGAUGUGAAGACGAUGCUGCAGGGCUCCACCAUGCUGAAGGUUCGUUCUCCUCAUUGGCAGAGGAGGCGCACACUGAAGCUGCUGGAUGAUGGCGUCACUGUGCACUGCGAGUCCAACAAGAGCUUCAGCAAGCCCAAAACCUUCUCAGUGAUGGAGGUGGAGUGUGUGCGUGAGGGCUGUCAGUCAGAGACACUGCGCAGGCUCACCAGCUCUCUGCCGGAGGAGCAGUGUCUGACCAUUGUGUUUAAGGGUGGACGGAAGAGUUUGGACCUGCAGUGCCACAGCAGGGAGGAAGCACAGCACUGGGCCUGCGGCAUCCGCACCCUACAGGAGAGAGUCAACAACAUGAGCCAGACUGAAAAACUUGACCACUGGAUCCAUGCAUACCUGAGACAGGCAGAUUUGAACCAUGACGGGAAGAUGACGUAUGAUGAAGUACAGACGCUCCUUCAGAUGAUCAACAUAGACCUGAAUGAGCAGUACGCCUUCAGCCUGUUCAAGAAGUGUGACCAGUCAGCGAACGGCCGCCUGGAAUACGGAGAGAUCGAGCUGUUUUGUCGCGAGCUGUUGCGUCGUCCAGAGCUGGAUGCAGUUUUCCGUCAGUACUCCUCUAAUGGCCGUGUGCUGUCCACUGUGGACCUGCGGGACUUCCUGAAUGACCAGGGAGAGGACAACACACUUGUGCACGCACAGAGCCUCAUCCUAACAUAUGAGCUCAACGAGUGGGCUAAGAAGAACCAGCUGAUGACGGCAAACGGCUUCACCAUGUACAUGCUGUCAAAGGAGAAUGACGUGUUUGAUCCAGAGCAUAGCCGAGUCUAUCAGGACAUGAGCCAACCGCUCAGUCACUAUUUCAUCUCCUCUUCACACAACACCUACCUUACUAAAGACCAGCUUGUGGGCGAGAGCAGCACAGAUCCUUACAUCCGGGCUCUUAGCACUGGCUGCCGCUGUGUUGAGCUGGAUUGUUGGGACGGAGAUAAGGAGCCGUUGAUUUACCACGGACACACCCUCACCUCCAAAGUGCCUUUCAGAGAGGUGGUGCAGACCAUCGCUGAAUAUGCCUUUAAGGCCUCUCCGUAUCCUCUGAUUCUCUCUCUGGAGAACCACUGUUCACUGGAGCAGCAGACCAUCAUGGCCAGGCAGCUGCGCUCCAUCCUGGGAGACAAACUGCUCACAAAGCCCCUCAACGACCAGCUCUCUGAGAGCCUACCCUCACCAGAGGAGCUGAAAGGGAAGAUUCUGGUGAAGGGAAAGAAAGAGAGAGUGGAGCAGGAAAGCUCCAGCUCAUCUGAGUCCAGCUGCUCUGAGGACGAGUCUAAAGCUGAGGGUAAAGCCAAGGCAAAGAAAGAAGGCAAGAAGUGUACGUGUGCUUCUACUCCGAAGGUUUCUAAGCUGAGUCCAGAGCUUUCUGAUCUGGUGGUGUACACGCGCAGUAUCCCGUUCAAGGGCUUCGAUCAGGCAGCCAAGAAACCCCCCAAUGAGAUGUCCUCCUUCUCUGAGAGUGAGGCCCUCAAACACAUCAAAAACUCAGGAAAGUUCUUUGUACGGCAUAACAGUCGGCAGCUGAGCAGGAUCUACCCAUCUGGUCAACGCUUGCAGUCGUCCAACUACAACCCUCAGGACAUGUGGAACGCCGGUUGCCAGAUUGUGGCUCUGAACUUCCAGACUGACGGGGAACAGAUGGAUCUAAAUCGGGGACGUUUCUUACCCAACGGUCACUGUGGGUAUGUGCUAAAGCCCGGCUUCCUGUGCCAGGCCGACUCUGAGUUCAAUCCUGAAAAUACAGGUGGAGGACCAGGACACAACCCCACCCUCCUCACCAUUAAGGUCAUCUCAGCCCAGCAGCUGCCUAAGCCAGACACAGAGAAGCUGAACUCCAUUGUAGACCCUCUGGUGUGGGUGGAGACCCAUGGGGCUCCCAUAGACAACAACAAGAAAAAGACACACCGAAUUGACAAUAAUGGCUUUAACCCCAGGUGGGACUGCACCUUUAAGUUUCUGCUGCAUGUGCCUGAGCUGGUCCUGAUUCGCUUUGUGGUGGAGGACCAUGACUACACCGCCAGGAACGAAUUUCUGGGCCAGUUUACACUGCCUUUCACCAGCAUGCGCACAGGUUACAGACACGUGCGGCUACUGAGGGCUGACGGUUCCAGCCUCUCUCCUGCCAGCCUCUUCAUUCAUGUGAAGGUCACACCUAAUUACGGCAGCCCCAAGCACGCCGCGUCACCCAAAGCCUAGCAGAACACAAGAAGUACAGCUGUGAUGCUCCUGGAUGUCUGACCGGGUUACAGUGGUUUUCACUGAUUUACUGUAACUAUUACUUUAUACUGUGUAAUAUGCAGGUCUUUGUUCAGACUUUAAUGAUCACUCAGUGAGAAACCAAAUAUGACAAACUUCAGAGAAUACUCACAACAGAAUAUAGCUUAUCAGUUUUGACUUAGUAAAGCUUAGUAAAGGCUUUUUCAGGUUCUAGCAUGCAUCAGGGGUUUUGCAUGCCUGUAUGAAGGAACUUAAAACAGGUCAAAGUAUUUAUAAUAUAAUCAUGUAAUGUGUCUUUAAAAUGACGAAGCAAUACAGUAGACUGGCUUUUAGUUUUUAGGUUUUUACUUAUAAUGUAGCAUAUUUCAAAUGUAGCUUAUACUAACAAUUAUUGUAUUACUUUGUUAGACUUCUUUUCUUAUGCAGCUGUAGAAUUCCACUGUUAAAGUGAUUGUUCAGCCAAAAUUCACACAGUUUUCCUCUCAGGCCCAAAGGUAGCUCAUCAGCCUACACAUGUUUGGUGUCCAAAGUUUGCUUCUUUAGUUUUGCACUGGUGUUAGCUAUUAGCUAACAAGCAAUGGAAGCUUAUGGCCAUACUUAACAUAGUACAAUCUAAAUAAUCACACACUUGUCUGAAACCAUUUCAAGUUGUUAAGCAAUCUCAAACAGACUUGCUUAUAUGAGUUCUUACUCUGUAAACAUGCUGUUAUCUAUGAAAAUUGAAAAAAGUACAGACAAAAUGGCUGCUA